AUGGGAAGUUCCUCACUUUGGUCUUCAGACACUUUAAUGUUCCCUUGGGUGGCGAGUAUAUGGAGAGGGACAGGUCUACACCCAUCUGGACCUGCAGAGCAAGAAGUAAGGAGGACCAUCUCUGCAACCCCCAAAACUCCGAUCACUAUACUGAUAGAGGAGGGAGAUGACAGUCCACCUUCAGAUCCCCCUGAGACUGAGAGGGAGAAGAAAAUAAGAGAGAAAGUUGCGGAACUUGAGGUGGCAAUCAAAGGUAAGGUUAAGGAAAAAGAUGAAGAAGACUUGGUAUUCUUCCCCGAGGGAAAAUUCCCUGAAGACUUCAAGUGGAAACUGGAUAAGUUCGACGGGUCAAGAGACCCUAGAGCUCAUCUCAAGAUCUUCGCCACCUUCGGUCGAUCGUGGGGACCUUUUGAGAACCAAAUGGGACAGGCAUUCUUGUAUUCCUUGGCUGGAUCUGUGUUGCGAUGGUUAACGCAAUUGGAUCAUACCCAAACUCAAUCUUGGGCAUCUAUGGUACAGGUGUUCAUGAAACAGUAUUUGUAUAAUACUGAGAUGGAUAUCACCCGGAGGGAGCUGGAGACUCUAAGGCAAGAACUAAAUGAAAAAUUCUUGAAUUUCAUCAUGAGAUUCAGGGAAAAGGCCACGAAAAUGUGGAACCACCCUAUAGAGGAAGAACAAGUCGAGAUUUUGCUUGAAAACUUGUACGAUGAAUAUCACGAAAAGAUAUACUACCAGCACAUCAAGACAUUUGAUGCACUCAUAACCAUUGGAAAGAAGAUUGAAGAUAAAAUCUUCAAAGAGAAACAAGCCCAAGGUGUAACCCAAGAGACCACUGGAACCUACUUUGGAAGGAAAUAUUCAAGGGCAAAGGGAGGGAAUGCUAUAGGAAGAAGUCACCAAGCAGCAGAAGUACAAGUGGUGACCGCCGGGACCACACCCCACGUGAUCCAAGCUGAGCUUGAACUUCCUAAAAGAACUUUCAAUUUCGGAGGGAUGACACCCACGUUGUUAUUUACCAAGCUCAAAAAGGAAGGGAUGAUCAAUUCGGUUCCCCCUAGGCAUGUGGAUCUAAAUAAUCCAUCCACGUGGUACAAGUCCAAUCUCUAUUGCUAUUAUAAUGACCAGAAGGGGCAUCACACAGAUAGAUGUAUAUUCCUCAAGCAUGCGAUCCCGGAUUUGAUUGACAAAGGUAAAAUUAAACUGCAGGCUAAGCAGUAG